GCCACCGACAUCAACCACAAAAUCAAGUCAUCACACUCUCGAACAAAACCUGAACGAAGAGGCUUUGGUGCUCUCAAAGAAGCACUGUAAGUGUUGUGCACUGAUUACAAAAGAUCAAGGAAAAGCUCCAUCGCGACAUUGGAAGCCGACUGUGAAGCCGACGGUUGAGCCGAAACGAAAGGGACAACAAAUUAAACAUCCCGCUGGAUCAGUCUCUUCCCACCGACUACAGCAACACCCUGCCAAAGCACGAAUCAAAUCAACAGACAAGAUGGUAGAAGUCAAGGGCGCAGCCUAUGUUAUGGAGGGCGAUGAUGGUUCUGAUGACAGUCCUCCGUUGGUCGAAGCCUCUCAUGUGAUUCCUGACUUGCAUUCCAUCGAACCCAUGAUGGUUUCGGUCGUAACGAUCGAUGGCGCCGAUCCUUUGUGCCAAUCGAGCGUGAUUUCGUCGGAUUCGGUGGAGGCAGUGGCAUUUUCCGAUGACAGUGACCCUGAAACUGCGCCUAGCUCUCGAAAGUGGAGUGCUGGAAUUGCAGGAGGCGUCCUUGGUACGCUCUUGGCUGGUCCAGUGGUCGGUUUGGUAGCUGGAGGCGCUGCUGCCUACUACGCCAACAAGGAUGGCGCAGCCGGUGAUGUAUCAAGGGCCAUGGCAGAUGUGGCCUCAACGACGGGCAAGAAAGCCAAAGAGCUGAACGAAAAGCACCACCUACUUGACAAGUCCAAGGAGGCUGCGGGCGAUGCGUGGGUCGCUGUGAAGAACCUUAAUGACGAGCACAACAUAACGGAACGUUCACAAGCCGCUGCGAAGAAAGCCUGGAGGAAUGCCAAGGAAUUUGACCAGAAACAUCGUGUGGUCGACAAGAUCGCGGCCUUUUCUAUCUUGUGUUUCAAGCGGAUUGUAAAGCUCUUGGAGCAAUUUGCUGACAGGCUCAAGCAAAUUGAACAGAACAAGAGCUCUACCGAAUCAACACCGAAGGUAGCACAGCCAGUUCGACAACCAGCUACUUGCUACUGAACUUUAUCCUCCCAUCUCCUUCCUCUCAAAGCUGGUUGCAUAGAUAUUAUUUGUCCUAGUGUUAGUUAACAGUCCUAAUCUCCAUUACUUCUUCCUUAUCAUACUCAGGCCA